AUGGCGUCCCAAUCACCUACAGGUAUGUAUUUAACUAUAGAUGUUCAUUACAGUGGAGUAUUUGCCCGAAAUCCGUUGAAAUACUUAGACCUCGAAAAGAUAACAGUGCGUGAUGUCGAUUUUGGAGGGUUUUCCUACAAAGAGUUUCUUUUGUGGCUUAGGAAUUUAACAAAUGGACGUUGUGAUAAUGUGUACUACUGUAGUAGAAAGGAAACCUUAGGUGAGGGUAUUAUAAGAAUCGACAAUGAUGCUGAUUAUUGGGAGUUUGUUGAAGCUACUUAUACUCCUGAAGCUGAGUUGGAUGUCUACAUUGACCAACAAAAUGAUCCAAUCCUUGAUUGGGCUGAAAAUGAGGUGUUAUCAGAUGGUAAUGGGUAUGAUAGUGAAGAAGAGGAUGAGAAUGUAGAAGAGGAUGAUAGUGAAGAAGAUGAUAACUUGGAUGGUAUUAUGGCAUAUGAGCAUGAAGAGGAUGAAGAAGUCCAUACCUUUAACAAAACUGUUGGUGACGAUUUUUUAAACAAACUUUCAGGUAAGCUUAGUGAUGAUGAUGAACCUAAUGAUGGAAAAGAUGAGAAGGUUGUAUUCCCUGUCCAUGAUGAGAACCAAGCAUGGGAUAAGAUGAUGCCAAUUCUAGGUGUUUGCAGAGGUCAGUUGCUUGCUGCAGUAGGCAGGGAUGCAAACAACCAUAUCUACCCUCUUGCUUGGGCUGUGGUUGCAGUUGAGAGUAAGGAAACAUGGAAGUGGUUUGUUGACCUUCUCCUUGAUGACAUUGGAAUGGGAAAUGGACAUGGGUUGACAUUAAUAUCAGACCAGCAUAAAGUAAUGAUUUUAUAUGGGUCAACAGUUCAGUACACUUUUUGGAGAGCUGCUGCUUCUACUACCCAGGCUAAAUUUGAGCAACACAUGAAUGAAAUCAAGAAGAUAGAACCACUAGCAUAUGAUCAUCUAAUGGAGAAGGACCCUAAAACUUGGAGUAAAGCAUUCUUUCAAACUGAUAGGGCAUGUGAUGCAUAUGAAAAUGGUGUUUCUGAGAGUUUUAACUCAAUCAUUGCAGCUGCCAGGAAGAGACCUCUAAUCACUAUGUUAGAGGAAAUUAGAAUUUAUGUGAUGGAGAGACUGUGUAUACAAAAAAGUAAGGGAAGUUCUUGGGGAGACUUAAACAUAUGUCCUACCAUCAGACUGAAAUUGUCCAAGAUUCAGACACUUCAAAGAUUUUGGAGAGUUGUACCAUCUGGUUAUCAACAAUUUGAAGUGAGACUUUUACAAGAUGCAUAUGCUGUAGACCUUGGUAAGAAAACAUGUGGAUGUAGAGGGUGGCAAUUAACUGGUUACCCUUGUGUACAUGCAUAUGCUGCAAUUUCAAACCUCAAUAGGGAUCCAGAGGACUAUGUAUCACCAUGGUUGACCACAAGAAUGUUUUGUAAUGCCUACUUGUACACCAUUAAGCCACUAAAUGGUAGUGAUAUGUGGCCUGAUGUGGAUUACAUCAAGCCAUUGCCUCCCAAAAUGAGAAGAAUGCCAGGAAGACCAUCAACAAAAAGGAAAAGGGAUCAGAUUGAGAAUGAACUAAAGGGCAAUAAGCAUACAGUCUCAAAAAGGGGAAUUGUUAUGAGAUGCAGCAUAUGCAGAGAAUCAGGGCAUAAUAAAGCAAAAUGUCCUCAAAAACCAAUUGGGGAAUCCUCAAAUCCAAAGUCAAAGUUAAAAAAUAAAAAAGCCAACAAAAAAGGUAAAGUGAAGGUUGAAUUGCAUCAAGAAGUUGAUUUGGAAAGUGAUAGUGAUAGUAAAGUUCAAAGGGAGCCUGAUAGUGAGGUGGAGUCUUAUGAAGUUGAUUUGGAAAGUGAUAGUGACAGUGAAGUUCAAAGGGAGCCUGAUAGUGAGGUGGAGUCUUAUGAAGUUGAUUAUGAAGAGGGUAAUCAUACAUAUGAAGAUGUAGACCAACUUGAGGUUGAAGCUGAAGAACAGGUUGAAGUUGGAGGGGUUGAAGAACAGGUUGAACUUGAAGAACAUGUUGAAGCACUUGUUGAAGUUGAAGUUGAAGAAGGUGAAUACCAGGCUGGAGAUGUAGAUCAAGUUGAACAGGUUGAAGUUGAAGUAAUUCAAGAUCCAGUUGGACAAGAUGACCAAGGACAGGCUGCAGUCCAAGAUCCAGUGGAAGAGGAGCAUAUGAUGGAAGUACCAGCAUUUCAGGUUCUACAGGGAAAGAGAAGAAGGAAACCUUCAGAAAGAAUCACAAAAAUCCAAAUAAGAAAGAAGUGGGAGGGAAAAGAGGGGAGUAGUUGUGAUAAACCAAUGGAAUUGGAUUAG